AUGGAGCAGCAUAAUUUUGAUGUGAGCAUCAUGGGACAAGAAUCAGAUAAAACCCAGUUGGUAUUGGAGGUUUGCUCCAUUUCCACGCGUUCUGUUUUGUGUGUUCAUACAAUUGUCUCAAACCCUGAUGAACCACCUUUCAUAGAUUGGUAUUGCAUUCUUGGAGUGGAAGAAAAUGCAGGGCUAGUCACCAUCCGCAAGCAAUACCAUAAACUUGCCUUGCAACUUCAUCCGGACAAGAAUAAACAUCCAAAGGCUGAAAUUGCAUUCAAGCUUAUAUAUGAGGCAUAUAUGUGUCUGUCUGAUGCUGCAAAAAGGAAAGCUUUUGACUUAAAGAGAUAUAAGAAUUUCUGCUUUGAGUGCAAUAGAAUUCCAUAUACAUCCAAAAAAGUCCCUGUCCCUGGCAAUCCCAAUGGCUCAAGUUUCAAGACACGGAAUAUCAAUAGUGGGUCAAGAUCUUAUAAAGUUUGGAGAAAUCUCAGGGAGGUGAGAGAAAGGCUGAAGGAGGAGGCUAAGGUGAUAGAGAAUUGUCUGCAGGUAAAUUUAAUGUCAAAGAAAGAAUCUCCCCUCUACAAUCCAGCAGACUAUAGACAGGAUAAAGUUGAGAGAGAAAUCCCUGUUUUCAAUCCAAUGAAAUACGUGUACCAAGGGUACCCUCAUCUGAGGGGCCAUGUUCACAAGAAUGGUGAGACAUGUUGGUACUUGCAUACACAAAAUAUUGUGCACAACGACAAGGAGGAAGCUAAGUAUGCCUCCCCGAUAUUUGAGGUCAGAUCACAAAGUAAAUUUUCUUAUGACCCAUCACGAUUCUAG